UCACAUGGUUUCCUCCCGUGAAUGAGAUAAAAGUGCAAACAUGGCGGCGUGAAACUGUACAAACUAGCUCGGAUGGAGGAGCAUUAAUUAAAACAGCUCGAAAGUUUCUUGUUUUUUUUUUCUUUCGUGAACACGGAGCUGUUUUUGAAUGUCCUCGUUCCCCGCCGUUUAGAAGGACAGAAGUGUAGAGGAGAAAACACUGGACCGGACUGGACCAUCGUCUCGAAACAAUAAGGCUCGAAGAGAAAGUGGACUGAAAUGAACGGGGACGUCAUAUGCAACGGACACUCUCCAUUUCACCGUCUCUUGAAGCACAGCAGCUCGAAAUCACAGCAUCAUGAAGCUAUCUCCGUCAAACUCAUCCAGGACGGGAAAACUUCACGAUUAUUCUGCACGCAAAAUGAGCCACAGAAGCAUGGAGAUUCCAGGAGAGGCAGUACUGUAAAUGGUGAGUUCAUCCUCCCAAAAAUGGCUGUGAAUGAAGAGCUGCAGCACUCGGUGCACAGAGCAGAGGAGCAGACGCGUCAACUGCACUGCACUGCGUCAUACAUCCACGCCAGCAGUGACAUCACUUCCCCCAAUCAUAGGAAACGACCCCCUCGUAAACUUAAAGUAAAGAGAUCCACACAGAGAAUUGCUGAUACCAAGAGCUCUCAGUGCCGAAAGGUUACAGAUUAUUAUCCCAUCAGAAGAAGCUCCAGAAAAAGCAAAAGCGAACUGAAGUGUGAAGAGAAGAGGCACAUAGACAUGCUGAUCACAAACGGGAUUGAGAAUGGAAUGAUGGUCAGGUACAUUGAAGGAAAGGGCAGGGGAGUUUUUGCCACACAGAAGUUCCAGAAAGGGCAGUAUGUAGUGGAGUACCAUGGAGAUCUGCUACAGAUAACAGACGCCAAAAAAAGGGAGGCUUUAUAUGCACAAGAUCCAACCACUGGCUGCUACAUGUAUUACUUCCAGUAUCUCAGCAAAACAUAUUGCGUGGACGCUACAAAAGAGUCCGAUCGAUUGGGAAGGCUCAUCAACCACAGUAAAAACGGCAACUGUCAAACCAAACUCCAUGACAUUAAUGGAAUACCUCAUCUUAUCCUCGUGGCCUCCAGAGACAUCCAGGAAGGAGAAGAACUCCUUUACGACUACGGCGACCGCAGUAAAGCUUCGAUAGAGGCUCACCCGUGGCUAAAGCAUUAAUGUACUGAGAGAGGAGGGAAAAACACCUUGUUUCUUAACUAGACAGUUUUUAAUGUAAUUAUUGCCUUAGUAAACAGAGAAUGUUUUGGGCUAGUUAGUAAGUGUAUGGGUAUGUUACACAGUGACUUACAUGGCAAACACGUUAGAUUGCGGUACAUAUUCGACGUGUCCUACUUUUAAGAUAUUUAUCCUGCUCUAUGACAUGCUAGUUUCGGCACAUUUCUUUUUGUAUAUUUUAUAUAUUGGUAGAUCAGUGCUUCCAAAGCAUGCAGUUAUAGUCCAACUUUCUGCAUUUUUAUAACGUUUUCUUAAUCUAAUCUAAUGUAAGGUAGUAGAGGCUUAGCAAUAAUUAUUUAUAAUGCCCAAACAUUUAUGUUUGAAGCAGAAAGCCUGUGAUGCUAAAAGGAGCGGCAUUUUAAAAAGGUUCAGAAAACUGGAAUGUGAAACCAAACUUUGAUAUCAUUUGAAAUGUUACCGUUGUACAAUGCUGGGUGUGUCGUGAUUAACCUGAACAAAGCUGUACCUGUUACACAAAAAGCUGAGUGUUGAUGACCAAAAGCUCCGACGGAGAGUUUUCCAAUCAAUCUGUAUGAGAUGGUAGAGAUGCAUUGUCUAAAUAAAUGAUUUUAUGCAA